CGAGACGAUGCGAAGUCUAGAACUUUGUGACUUCGGUAUGACUGUCAGACUUGCACACGAUCCAGUGAGUGACCGCUGUCCAGGAGAUCUCGUUGCAUAGGGUUUGCAUCUGACGAUGCGAUGUACAUUCUCGUCUCUAUUGCCGACGUGGUGCAGUUACACCCAUCAGACUUCCACAAAGCCAGCCGGCGGGCAAUUGAGGACUGGCUCAAUGCAAAGUAUGCCGACAAAGUCAUCCACAAGGUUGGCCUAUGCGUCGGCUUCCAUUCACUCAUCAAGGCAUCCGAAGGCCUAAUAGGUCAUGGCACUGGCAUUGUCAACGUCAAUGUCGACUUUCGUGUCGUGGUAUUCAGACCCUUCAAGGGCGAAAUUAUCCGCGGCGUGAUCUCUGCAUCAACGGAGAACGGCAUGCAAAUGUCUACCGGCUUCUUUGAAGACGUAGUUGUCCCCAAGGAGUGGCUUUUUAGCGUGUCUGAUUUCGAAUCGGAAGACGGUGCUCCGCCUGUGUGGAUCUGGCGCACGAAUGACAUGUCGCUGUAUUUCGAUAAGCUGGAGAGGUGCUUGAUGCGAGUCGAAAGCGAGGAGUGGACCGAUAUGUCACCGCAGAUGAAGCGGCCCGAUGAUUUCGACACGGAGAGACUGGAUCAGUAUAAUAUGCGCACUGGACCAUACCGAAUCAUGGCCAGCAUGAUGCACACUGGUCUGGGAGUUGCGGCGUGGUGGCUUGGCGAGGAUGCGGCAGCCAUAGAGGAAGAUGGAUCGUGAUGAACUUUCGUCGGAACCCUUGAAUGCUAUGCAGAAAACGAUUGAACGCGCCAUGCAUCACCCUUGGGGACCUAAUGGCUUUUCUUACAAUAUUGCCGGCGUUAAUAGAUAGGCCUACAAGGCUGCAACCGAAUCCCCUCGAUCCAAAAGUUCAUAUCGACUCUG